AUGGAGGCGUGCUUGUCCCGAGACAAUGUCGCUGGCGUUCACGUGCUAGCCGCGGACAUUGCCGAUUACACCGCGCUACAAACCGCCGCAAACCAAGCGAACGCCAUCCUUGGAGAUUCUGGCCUCGACGUGCUCAUCAACAACGCGGCUUAUGUGAGCCAGGCCACAGCACUGACCUCACCUUGCGACUACGAGAAUGAACUCGAGAUCUUCAUCGAAGACAUUCAGAAAAGCAUUGAAAUCAAUGUCCUGGGGUCGCUCAAAGCCACUUGGGCGUUUCUGGACUUGGUCAAGAAGGGCUCAAUGAAGAAGGUUGUAGCAAUUUCCAGCGGGAUGAGCGAUACCGAAAUGAUCAACGGGUAUCAUAUAUCCAACGCGGCCCCGUAUGCGAUCAGCAAAGGCGCGCUCAACGUCAUGGUCUCCAAGCUCCAUGCGUCUUACGCCGACCAGGGCAUCGUCUUCAUGGGUAUCUGUCCAGGUCUUGUGGACACUGCUAAAGUAUCCCAGGAUGACGUCAAUCGGUUCCAAGGCAUCACAUCAAAGUUCGAAAGGUACGUAGGUGGCAAGUACGCUGCUAUGCAGCCGGAUGAAGCGGCGGGCAAGGUAUUAGCGGCUAUCAGCCGACAGACGCUGGCGGGCGGGUUCGGCGGAACGCUUCGCAGCCACAACGGAGACCUGCGCAGCUCGCAUCUCUUUGAGAUCAUCGACUUUCACGACCUCAGUCUGCCGGUGGGUCGCCACUAUGCUGUGAUGCGAGACUUCUACAUGGCAAGCCUGAAGCCCCUUGGCUACGAAAUCUUGGUUAGCGGAGGACAGGAAGAAGAAUUCGCUGGGCUGGGCACUCCGUCUACCGGACCUCACUUUUGGCUCGGCCUCGGCGCGAGCAGCAAGUCGCUGCCCCGAUACGACGGCAAAUUGGAGAACCGCAUCGCCCCAAUACACCUCGCAUUCAACGCAGCGAGCAUGGAACAGGUGGAUCAAUGGUACUUUGAGGCUUUAAGAGUAGGUGGCAUUGAUAACGGAAAGCCUGGACGGCGUCAGUACACUGUGGCAUUCUAUGCAGCCUUCGUGCUAGACCCUCUCGGAAACAAUAUCGAGUGCAACCAGCACCUGCGCACAUCAAUUGAACUCGGGAAGCCGCCGACUUCAAGCAGCAUCGCCCGAAACAUUGGUACUGUUAAUGGCACAGCGAUGCCUCUGCCGGGGAACGCACUGAUCUGUCAGACGUGCAGCCGGAGAUUUGAGCACAACAGCCCUCAGUUUGCGGACCCGAGCCAGUCUGGAAACGGCAGCCUGCUGAGCGUCGAAAGUCCAAGCACAACCCCGCCACCCUCCUGUGGCACAUCAGCUGAUGUCCAUGGUCAUCGGUCAUCUCCGGACGUUCAUCGCCAGCCCUUGACGGCAGUGGCCACCCCUGUCUUGGCCAUAUCUGACGAGCGGCGCGAGGUGCUGCUUAGCAGUGCGCCCCGAGCCCCGGAAUUCAUCGGCGAGCGGGCCGAGGUGCAUAUCAUGCAUCUUAUCAUUCGCGUCCUGCUCUCCUGGCCGCGCCGCAUGGCCAUCUGUCGCACAAGACGGCUCCCCCCUUUCAUACACAGGGUGCAAUUUGAGCACGGCAUCCCGCUCGCCUUGGCAAACUGCUACACUAUUGUCCAGAUGUGGGCGGACCACACAGAUGGCAGCACGUGGCUCGUUCAGGACACCAUCCACAGAGAGAUUCAAAGGGUGCUACAUGUAGAAGAGGAGCUUGAGUUUGUGGACGAUGAACACUUCGUCCUGUCAAAGGCACAGUCAUUGCUCGUUCUUGUGAUCCUUCUUUUCUUUGCUUUCCGAGAACAACCACAAAUCGCUAAACGGUCCGAGGCAAGACUCCUCAUCAAGGUGUGGGAGAUUAAGAACCGCCUCGCAGUGACAGGCCUGUACAUGGACGAGGAGCUCGUCUCUGCCCUCCCAGAUUGGAGAAGAUGGGCUCUUGUUUCCGCUAAGCGCAGGACUAUCUUGGCUUUCCAUCACCUCGAAUACGCCUGGUCCCUCUUGAACGGCUACCCUCCCUUGACGUGCUCCGAGCUUGGUCCUCUGCCCGCACCUAGCCCAGGACACCUUUGGCAAGAAACAGAUGAGCGUACUUGGAGUAUACUGUACGAUGAGUGGUUGCGCCAAUGGACUGAUGGCAUCUAUAAAAUGCACGAAUUCUUUGCGAUAUCCCGCGGCCGCCCUUUGGACAGGAGAUCUGAGAUGUGGCUUGCGGAAGCAGACGACUAUGGCAUGAUGCUGAUGGCUGAAGUGAACGCCAUACGCGGGGGUCCUUAG